UUUAAACGAACGCAACUAGGAAGGCCUGAAGGGGACGAAAAGGGGAAAACAUGAACCAUUUCUUUUCCGCCCUAACCUUGUAUUUUUUUUCAGGACUAUGUUCAUUUCGGGCGGAGAUUGGAAUUUCCGGUCCGAGGGCCGGUAUCCUGCCCGUUUAGCAUCUCUCCCCGAUGCAACACACCUGAUUCAGAUGUUCAGGAUCGUUAUCCUGUACACCUUGUUGGUGAUCCGAUCGUUGGAAUCGGAUGCGCUGCGUCACGGAAACAUAUCCAGGAUACCGGCCGUCGAGGACCGGAGUUGGUCACGCCCGGUUUGGGGUUCCGUACGAAGAUCAACUUUUAUUGUGAAGGUGCCGCCAUGUUGAGGUCGAGGCUUUUGCGUGGACAACAAUCUUUAUUGAAAAAGCACAUUUGACAAGAAAACAAAAGAGACGAUCUAGUCGUUAAAGCAUCCUAAAGAUGAUACAAGAGACGCCGGGGUGAUUCGAAAUAAAAUCGUGGAACGAGGGUCAUAACAGAAGUGUUUUUGAAAUGAAGGUUGCGAGUUGGAAGCGGUAGUGGAAGGGCGGGGUUUGUUUUGAACGGGAACGCUCGGCAGGAGCGCUCAGUCACCGGGAAGAUGGCGGCCGCGGGGACUGGCCGACGUUCCGGAAAGGCGGCGGCGGCGGCGGCGGCUGCCCGCUCGUCUCUGGGACUCGGACCCGCGUCGGCGUUCGUCGGCCGCGAGCACGCGCGCUCCUCCUCGGCGAGCGGCCGCUCCCGCUCGGCCCGGGGGCGCCGCGGCGCGGAGGCCAAGCGAAGAGGCGGCGGAGGCGGGACGGCGGUGGUCGGGGACGCGGCGGAUCCCCGCACUCGUCGCUCAGACGUGUUUGUGUGUCCAUGCACGGUCCACAAGUCGACAGAAGGCUCCUCAUCGGGUGCCAACGCCAAGCGCAAGGCGAGCCGCAUCCAAAAUCCAGCCAGACAACUGUCGGCAUGCGACCAGCGAGAGGACGCGAGGAGGAGGAGCCUCCCCAAAGAGGAGAGCGGCGCGCUCCAAUGCGGGGAACAGUCGAAAAAUGGGACGCGCGCUCUCGAGUUCUUUCUACAUCGGCCGAGUGUGCCAUCAGGACUCGCCGUCGACGGGUACUUCGAAGCGGAGACCAGGAUUCGGACUCGGGGCGUCCUGUCCGACUCGGAGAACGAGGAGCCCGUGUCGAGACGCAUCAGGAGGUUCUCGGCGUUCGUGAGGAGGAGCCGCGCCUCGUCGGGCGUCAGCAGCGGCGCGCCGAGGAGUCGCAGCUGCACGGAGGCCGGCGACGGCGCGCGGGGGAAAAGCAAGGGGGGCUCGGCGCCCGCCCGCACGGCGGGGGCGGCUCACAGCUUCGCGGCCGGAAUCCUCCUGUCGUCGGAGAACAGCCGCUCGGCCUCGGCGCCCGUAGGCGGCCGCGAGCGUCGGCCGGCGGCCGCGCCUCCCGCGCCCUCGGCCGCGCCCUCGACCACGCCCUCGGCCGCGCCGCCCGAGCGCUCGGUCAGCCCGGAGAGCAACGACAGCAUCUCGGAGGAGCUCAACCAUUUCAAGCCCAUCGUGUGCUCGCCCUGCACGCCGCCCAAGCGCCUGGCGGACGGCCGGCUGCUGGAGCCGGCCGUGGUCAAGGCCACGCCCCGGAACCUCAGCUGGCGCCUGCACAAGCCCACCAGCUACGAGGCCAGCCCCGCCGUGCUGCAGCGCUGGCGCCAGAUCGAGCUGGACCGGCAGAGCUUCAAGGUGGACUCCAAGGCCACGCUGACCAGCCCCGUCGCCGAGACGCGGGAGGCCGCCGGCGCCCCGCCGCCCUUCAACAAGAGGAAGCUGCUCUUCGACGACGCCCCGGCCCUCAAGAUCCGCGUGCCCGCCGUGCGCCGCCGCGCCGAGCCGGCCUUCCGCGCCGAUCGCCAGUCGGAGCCGGGGCCCGGGCCCGGCGUCGGGGCCCUGUUCGGACGCAGACAUUCCUUCUCCCCCUGCGCCCGCAAGUCCGGCUUCCGCUCGUGCAAGCUGGCGCCAAAGGACUCGCCGAGCCCCCGCGAGGAAACGGCCGCCUCCCAGCGCGGCGGGAAGACCAAACGGCGGGACGACGACGACGCCGCCGCCGCCGACCCCCGCGUCUGCGACGCCGCGCGCCAGGAGAGAAAAGACCGGGCGCUGGCGCUCAAGCUGCAGAGACGCUUUGACCGCGAGAGCGCCCCCCGCCCCGACAAGUAUUUCCUGCGCUCCUGGAUGGCCAAUCGCGGCCGCAGGAGGCGCGGCCUGCGACGCUCCUGCCGUAUCAGCCAGCGCCGCUAGCUGACGUGGUGGGGGCUGGG